AUGGAGCUCUAUGGGGAUGAUCAUAAGAGAUGCAAAGGAAAUCUUAGGCCAAGUGAACCAAUGGUCAGCAAGCAUGUAUCUAGAAAUGUCAAUAAUGUGGCUCACACUCUAGCGAAGAGUGCAUUAGAUCUCUGUGAGGAGAGCAUUAUUACAGGGUUACCCUCAUUUGGAAUUGGAAGUGGAAGUUCCAAACUUAUAAGGAAAAGGAAGAUGCUUAAACAAAAAGAGAAGUUCUUCAAGCGAAAUGGUGGACUAUUGUUACAACAACAACUAUCUUCAAGUGAUCAUGUCAAUGUUGAGAGCAACAAAUUGUUUAGUUCAAAGGAUUUGGAGGUGGCCACUAAUCAAUUUAAUGUAAAUAGAAUACUUGGCCGAGUUGGACAAGGCACUAUUUACAAAAGCAUGUUGUCAGACGGAAGAAUUGUAGCAGUAAAAAGAUCUGUGAUGAUUGAUGAAGAAAAAUUGGAAGAAUUUGUUAAUGAAGUUGUCAUUCUUUCACGAAUUAAUCAUAGGAAUGUGGUUAAAUUGCUUGGCUGUUGUUUGGAGACAGAAGUUCCUCCGUUAGUUUAUGAAUUCGUUCCAAAUGGAACUCUUGCUCGAUAUCUUGAUGAUCAAAAUGCAGAGUUUCCACUCACAUGGGGUAUGCGUUUAUGAAUUGCUACAAAAGUUGCAGGAGCUCUCUUUUACUUACACUCAACACCUUCCUCACCUAUUUACCAUCGAGACAUCAAGACUACAAACACACUCUUAGAUGAGAAGUAUAGAGCAAAAGUGGCUGACUUUGGGACUUCAAGAUCUAUUGCUAUUGAUCAAACUCACUUGACCACACUAGUAUAUGGCACUUUUGGAUACUUGAGCCCUGAGUAUUUUCAAUCAAGUCAAUUUACAGAAAAAAGUAAUGUUUAUAGCUUUGGCAUUGUCCUAGCUGAGCUCUUAAUCGGAGAAAAAACGAUUUCUUCUAAACAGACACUAGAAACCAAAAGUCUAGCCACAUAUUUGCUUAAUGCAAUGGAAGAAAACAAUUUGUUUGAUAUUAUUGAUAAUCGAGUUUUGAAGGAAACUAAGAAGGGAGAGAUUAUUGCAGUCGCCAACCUUGUGAAAAGGUGCUUGAAUUUGAAUAGAAAGAAAUGACCUACGAUGAAAGAGGUGGCAAAAGAGUUAGAGGCAGUACUGCAAAUGUCGCAAAACUUUG